CCGCUUCCACACAACGUUCGCACCCAACAACUUUGUUCGUGCCGUCGUUGACUCUCGCACACAUUUUCAGCGUGGAAGCGUUUCUUGCAUCUCAGGGCGGACGACACUCGUGGACGAUGCACCACUGAUCGCCCGGCGCGACACGUACUAGCAGGCAGCACACACCACAUUCCAGAGCCAGACCACCAGGUUCAUCUCGGCUCGACUAGUCCUCCGACGAUAUACCACGCACCACUACACGACAUGUCGGGUUACGAGAGGGAUGCCUCUCGCGACCGCGGCGACUCGCACCACAAGCAUUCCUUCAGCUACAGCGAUGGCCGCGCCAGCGUGCCCAUGUGGGACAGCUCUGACCCCGAACGCGCGCCCCCACCGCUGCCACUCAACCCAUCGACAGGCUCCUCGCCGACCAAGCCAAACACAUCUGCCGGUAUUGCCGCAGCUGCCAAAGCCAUAGUAGAGAAGGCACGCGAGAGCGCCCCGAUAUCGAGCUACACGCAGAACAAGAGCGGCGGAGAUGAGCGAAGUCUGGUAAAGGGCGCGCACCACAAGCGCAUGCAGUCGCUGCAGACCAGCCCGGUCAAGGACUUGCGUAGCUACCUCGAGAAUCGAUCACCCGAGCGAUCACCAGAACGACCCAACUCGCGACACUCAUGGAUGCCCGGGCGAAUGAGCAGCAUCGAGGACUUCUCGCCUUCACCGCAGUGUACGACCCCAACACCUGCCGAGAAGGAACGAGACGCGAUGAAGGAUACGCCAAUGCUCCGACCGACGACGCGACAGCGAUCGAUAUAUGGCGAAAACACGCCGCCCUCAGCUACGAUGCUAGCUCUUCAGACGAUGCAAGUGCCGGACCCACCUUUGGCCGACAUCACGAACGUGAAUGCACCAACCACGCCCAACAACCCACGCGUGCACACGAAUUACGACUUUUCCAGUCAGCUGCUCAACCUUACAACGAUCGCGACGAAUUUGCAGAAUGAGAUGAAGAAUCUGAGCCGGCGCAGCAAAGACAAUGCUACUGACCUGCUGACGUUGAAGGAAGCGACAAAUUCACGCGACGAAGACAUCCGCAAGAGUCUGCGAGAGCUGGCUUCAUCAGUCUCCGCCCAAAACCUCUUGCCUCCACCGCCUGUUGGCAGUUCUGCACGUAGUAUGAGCAGCUUCAGCCACUACAUUGAUUCUAAGCCGUUUGGCUCACCUCCUUCGGCAGGAAAGUCGUAUAGUGUACCCCGAGCUGCCAGUGCGCACAGCUUCCUCGAUGAACCACGAUGCGGCUCGCCUUCUCCAUACUCCGUCGAAGGCGCCGCGAGCGUGGCCAUGCUGGAGAAGAUCAUUCGUGAAAUGGUCACCAAAGACGGCCAAGAUCGCCUUCUGACCACAUUAUCCGAACUGCUGGAGAAGAGUGGCAAGGAGAACAAGGAUGCCAAGAAGAAGAUUGAAGAGUUGACAGAGUUCAUCAGAGAGCGGUCGGAGUCACAUGCUCUUGUUCCGGUAAGCACUGCCAAUGGCGGUCCUCCAAAGCUUGAGCUGAACUUCGACUCUCCUACGCCAAAGGCUAGAGAAACAUAUGCGCGACGCGACUCGAACGAUGAAGAACUUAUGCGACUACUGGGACGUAUCAAAGACUCUGUCACACAUUCCGGCGGUACUACUUCCGAAGUCAAGGGCCUCGUUCGCGAUCUGCGAGGCGAGGUAUUGGGCAUGGGCAGAGAACUGGGCAAGAAACUCGACCAGAUUGGCGACGCUCAGCUGAACACAUCACUGGACAGAUCGAUCAAUGAGGGGCGAGACAACGAGCAUCUGGAAGAAGUACAGCACAUUGUCCAGGAAGCCAUGGCAGAACUCAAGCAGAAUCUGGCCGGUAUCAUGAAAGAGAGGGCCGAGCAGGAUGAUGACACCUUCAAGCAACUCGCGGUCGCUCGAUCCGGACCCAAUGCCGAAGAAAUGAUGGCAACUGUACAGCGCGCCUUGGCCGAGCACAAUUCGAGUCUGGAAAAAUCACGGGAAACUGAUGUCGAGAACCUGGGCAUCGACCGAGAAGGAGUUCUGGCUGCAGUGAAGGAAGGCCUUCAAGACUUCGAACCCAACAUCGAAUUGCAGCAAUUCGGUCUCGAACGUGACGAGAUCCUUGCUGUGCUCAAGGAGGGUCUGGAGCUGCAUCGCGAAGAUCGCGCAGAGCCCGCACCACCACAAAUCGACAAGGGAGAGAUCUACGAAGUUAUGCAAGAAGCUCUCAAGGACUUCCGCGCACCGUUUCCAGCAGAUCAGCUUGAGCAACUCAAGGAGGAGCUCAUUGGGAAUGUGCGCCAGGCUCUGGACGACUUUACGCCGCCACCUGCCGAGGCGCCCAUCUCGCACGAUGCCAUGAACGCCAUGGUACUUGCAGCUGUGACCGCCGGUCUGGCCGAGCAUGGCCCAUCCGCACCUCGCGAACUCGAGAUCAGCAGAGACGACCUGUUCGAUGCUGUGAAAGCUGGUCUGGAUGAUCCCUUCGGCGGCUUUAGCGAGCAAGUCUUGAAGCAACUCGGCGACUUGAUUGAGGAGAUGCGAGUCGAAUUCAAGCAAUACUCCGCAGCGAAUGGUCGCGAUACUGAGCAAGUCCUCGACGCGAUCAAAGAUGGUCACGAGGCUCUUCGGCACGAGAUCGAGACUUACGUCGAUCGCGCUCAAGAUGUCACAGGCAAGGACGAAAUUGUCGACACCGUUAAGACAGGUCUCGAGCGUCUGCGUGAAGACGUCAAAGACUUCUGCGCAGCAGGUCCGUCCCACGAUGGUGGCAGAGGAGAGAUGCUGGAGUACAUUCGAGCCGAGUUUGAGCAGCUUCACAGCACGAUCAAGGAGAAUGGAUCUACUCGUGACGCCGAAGAGUCGGAAGCUGGCCAAACGGCAGUAAUCAUGGUUCUCAAGGAAGGGUUGGACGACCUCAAGGCGCACCUUGAGAGCCGCAACGACGACCUCAUCAACAAUGAAGAACUCAAUGAGGCCAUGAAGGAGGAGUUCGACCAGCUCAAGGGAGCGAUCCUGAACGCCAGCGCGGCCGACAAGAACGAGCUGCUGGAGACAAUACAGGACUCGAUGGUCGCCUUGCACGGCAAACUCAAUGGCAGCGAGCUGAGCGCCAUCGCAGGUGGUGCUACUGACGAGAUAAUGGACACCAUGCGACAAGAGCUUGCGACACUCAAGGAAUCUCUUCACGCGAUGAUCAGCGAGAACGACAAAGAUGCCAUCGCCGCGAGUAUCCGAGAAACCAUCGACGAGCUUCGCACACAAAUGCUCGCUGAUCAGGAUGACGCCUCUGCAGCUGCCUUUGCCACGAUCAAGCAGGAGAUCGAGAGCUUGAAAGAGUCUUUCGGCAGCGCGCUUGUCGUUGGCAACUCCGGUGAGCGAUCCAUGUCUGACGAGGACAAUGAGACUCUUCAGGCCAUCCGCGCAUCGCUGGACGAGGUCAAGGAGAGUGUCGGAAAGCACACAAGCGAUGGCAUAUCCACUGAGCAGCUCGAAGCCAUUCGCGGCGAAUUCGAGAACCUCCGCAACUCGAUCGCCACCAAUGCGGCGCAUGCAGGCAGCAACGAGGAGGUGCUUGAUGCGAUCCACCUCGGCUUAGAUGAUCUGCGCUCGCAUCUUGAGAAGAAACUCGACAAUCCUGAGACUGUGGUCCAGCAUCAAGGACAGGUUCUGGAUGCCCUUAACGAGGGUCUGGAGACUCUGCGAGCUGACAUUGUCAAGACACUCGAUAAGCCACUCGAUCAGACUGUCAACUACGAAAUUCUGGAGACGUUGAAGGACGGCCUGGCAGACCUACGGAACGAGAUGGACAAGCUGAAGUCACCCGCAGGAGACAAGGCUCAAGCCUCUGAAGGUGGCGAAAUUGUCCUUGCAGAUGGACUAACACGCGAACUUUCUGCAGAAGAUGUCGCCGCCGCUGAGGCUGCGUCGAAGACCUCGACUUCUGCUCAGAAGGCCGAUAUCGAAGGCCUGGAAGUCCUCCUUGCUCAAGUGCAAAUCAAGAUCGAGGCCAUGGAUCAUGCUAUGCAGGGCAUCUCCAGUCAGCAAGCGGCGCCGCAGGUGCCCGACGGCAUUGCACUCAAAGAGGACCUCACGGGACUGGAGAGCAUGAUCCGAGAGCUGCAAGAGAGCGUCUUGGGAAUGAACUCCAAGUCUGAAGAGCGCAGUCCCGAAGGCGCGGCUUUGAAAGAGGACACAGAUGCCAUCGAGACAUUGCUCCGCAACACCAAGGCUCAGCUCGAGGAGAUGAUCUUGCCUGAUCCUACUACGGUGGCUACCAAGGACCAUCUUGAUGAAAUCCAGGUUGCAGUCGCCGUUGCGAACGAGGCUCUUGUCGGCAUUACUGAGAAGAUCGACAACUCAACUGCUUCCAAGGCUGACGUGGCUGUUGUCGAGGUCCUUGUCACUGACAUCAAGACUAUGAUGGAUGAGCUCAAGGAAAAGCAGACCGCUGCUGAUUCAGAGGAGAAGCCGGAGACCAUGACCAAGUCUGACCUUGACGUGCUUGGAGUCCUAUGCACCGAGAUCAAGACAUCCGUCAGCGAGCUUCAUAACCCAGAUCCGGCAUCGGUCCCAACCAAGGCUGAUGUCGAACAGCUGCAAGGCUUGAUCAACGACUUCCGCGAGAGCCACGACAAGAUGCGCGAUAGCUACGAGACCGAUAUUGCUGUCACAGCUAAGGCUUUUGACGAUCGCAAGAAAGAAUUUGACGACACCAUUGCUCAAAUCGACGAAGUCAAGGGCCUGAUUGCAGAGAUCAAGGUUGAGCUUCUUGAGAAGGUCGCCGAUGGCGAGACUGGAAUCAAUGCGCUAGGUGUCACACUCAAGGGCCUCGAGGAGCGGUCCGAUAACGAAGCUGUCGUCACUGAGGUCAAGGAAGUCAUGGAGAAACUCAAGGAAGAAUUUGAGAAAGCUCACGCCUCCAUCGAAGCUAUCAAGGUCGACCAUGCUGCAUCAUCUGAGUCUGCGCUCGAAAAGCAGUCGGAGCAUAAAGACGCAGUUGUAUCGGAGCUCGCUGAGAAGCUUGAAAACUCGUUCGGCGCACUGAUGAGCAAGUACGAUGAUGCUCAGACAGCAGCCGAGGAGAAGUCCAAGACUUUGGAGGAGAAUGUCACCAAGCAAGAGGCACUUCUCAACAGCACCAAGGAGAUGGCUGAUGAUCUGAAGCUGUCCAUCGACACACUUGGGUCGACACUGACUGCUUUUAUUGGCGAUCUGCCGGCACAAGUGGAGAAGAUGACUGAGGAGUCCAAGACUGUAUUCGCGCAAGGUGAGACGACACAAGUCAAGCUCGAUGAAGCAUCGGAGGCCCUGAAGAAUGAGCACGCCAGCACACGCUCCGAGGUUGCCAGAAUUCUCGCUGCCGUCGAUGUGCUGCAGAGUGACAUGUCGGAGCACAAUCCACGCUUCAUGGUCACACUAGAGGAAGUACGGGCCUUGAUCAAUCAGCACUAUGAGCAUUCCCAGAAAGCCUACUCUGCCGCCGAGGAGCAGGCUCAAGCUGUGAAGGAGCUGCAAGAGGCACUCAAGUCUGGCUUUGAAGAGACGAAGAACCAGCAUGCAGAUGGCCUCAAGUCUCACCACGAAGCUUUAGAGAAGUCCUUGCCGAUGCUCAUGCCUCCUCCGAUGGAAAUGCCAGCGCCGCCUGAGAAGUACGACGAUUCAGCAGUUCGUGAGAAGCUCGACGAGCUCAUGAGUCACGUUGAAGAAGCCAAGGAUCGUUCAGCACAACUCGAGCGCCUGGACGAAAUUCACGCAAAGGUCAUGGCGACUGCUACCGAAGUAUCUGCUUUUGUCGUGGCUCAGAACAAGCAGAUCCAAGAGGACCACGAGAGCAAGGAGAAAGAGGCUGAGGAGAUUGCACUACUUCUCGAGCGUCGCCUUGAGCGCAAGGAUCAGCUCGAAGCCGACAUCACUGUCCUCAACGAGGAGAAGAUGUCUCUUCAAGCUGCUGUCGAACAACUCAAGGCUGAGAAGGAGGCGCUUGCUUCACAGAAGUCCCGCCUCAGUGCUGACGUUUCCUCAAUGGAGAUGGCGCUUCACAUCCGUCGUGAGGAGCUGCACGAUAUGGACAACAAGGCUGCUGCCAUCGAGCGACGCAUGCUGGAGGGUGUCAUGAACCAGUCUCGCAUGUUGCUGCUGACGAAGUCGAAGAAGUCGGCCCCAUCAUCGCCUAAGAAGAAGAGUCAAGGACGUGACCUUCGCAUCCCAAGCGAUGCUUCUGCCGACUCAGCCCACACGGUUACCUCAUCUGUGCAGCCCAUCAAGGCAAACCAUGCCUUGGCUAUGAAAGCUCGACCAACACUUCUGCGCAACGGAGCUGUGGCACCCAACACUGCUGAGCGCCGUAUCAUGUCUCUCAACCAGAUCAACCACAAUGUGCCGACUGGUGCUCACGCCUACACGUCUGACAAGCCAAGCUUGAUGAACGGUGGUGGACUCGGCAACGUCAAGCGUAGCCACUCGGUCAAGCACAACUUUAUGCGAAAACCUUCUUGGACGGAGCGCAAGCAACGCGUCUCUUCCCUUGCAUCCACAACAGAAAACAAGGAGAAUGAGCUUUCUGAAGAGGACGAGGACGAAAAUGUCGAUGCUUCACCCCAGGAGUUCGGAUCCGAAGUUGGCACUACUAGGAGGACCAGCUUGAUGUCUGGCACUGAUGGUAGCAUGUCCUACGCCACGGGCAGCUACGUCGGCGAAGGCGAGACUCCCGACGAGAACGGCCAACGACGCAGCCUUGCGCCGAGUGAUAUGACCUACGAGACAGGAUCUUACCUCAGCAACGGCUCGUACAUGACUGGCACAGAUCUUGAUCGCCGCAGCUCGAUCGGCAGCUCAGCACAUGGCCAGCUCGGCAUGACGCCUCUCGAACAGGAUGCUCAGCUCGGCGCUAUCAACCCUUCGGACCUGUCGAUUCUUCCUCGAUCCAGCUUGAGCACUGUUCCUGAGGGCCAGUCGGAAGUCAGCAGCGUUGCACCAAUUCAGGCUACUGCGUCGGAAAUCGAGGCUGCUGUGCAGGAAGUCAUGGGCGAAAUGGAUGAUAAGGAACUCAAGCGAUUCUAUGCUCCACCGAGCGAUAGUGGUCUUGGAACGGAUUGUCCUACUGCUGCUUGUGAGAGUGGAGCCGAGUCUGGUGGCAGUGCUGUUGGGUAUUUUGCGAAGUGAUGACGGGGAUGUGAUGUUGGAUGGAGGGUUGAAGGCUUGCCUUCGUUCGAUGAGAUUGGAUUGUUCGGUCGUUCUGGAGGAUGAAGACGUUUGAUGGAGGAUGACAUGAGAUUGUGGAUGAUGAAGUAUGAUUGUUUGAACGAUUCUUUUUUGGAUGCGUUUGAGCGGGUUUGUUUAUGCAGAAGUAUGAUUCAUGGUGUAGGAUGGAAUGAGAGGAUUGUAAUGAAUUAUUGGUUCGCUGC